AUGGACAUUGACGUGGAGAAGAAGCAGGAGUCUAUCCCUGGGAUCGUGGCUCCUAGCCAGGAAUUUGGUCAGAUCGUCUCCACCCAGGAGAAGACGUCUUUCUUCGCCCGUAUCAUCGAUGGAUUUCGCGAAAAUCCCAUGUCUUCCGCUCCAUAUGAUAUCGCAAGCAAACAGGAUCCUAACGGGAUACGUUGCGGUCCGGCGGCUCUUGUCAUAGCAUAUUGCACUCUUGGGAUCAUGAUCUUUUGCACUGUCCAUGCCUUGGGAGAGAUGGCAGUCUUAUUUCCAGUUGCCGGCUCCUAUUCAGCGUACUCAUCCAGAUUUCUUGAUCCGGCGUGGGGUUUUGCAAUGGGAUGGAACUAUGCCAUGCAGUGGCUCGUUACUCUCCCGAUCGAGAUCAUGGCUGCCAGUAUCACUUUGAACUACUGGCAGGGUGCACGAGAUGUCAACCCAUGUGUCUGGGUUACCAUCGUCUACGUUGUGAUCGUCUCAAUAAAUCUGUUUGGUGUGAAGGGAUACGGAGAAGCAGAGUUCGUUUUCUCGAUUGUCAAGGUUGUCGCAACGCUAGGAUUCAUAAUAUUCGCCUUGGUGGUCGACGUCGGCGGGGGUCCCACCGGCGAUUAUUUUGGAGCCAAAACAUGGGGCGAUCCAGGGGCCUUUGCAUAUGGCUUCAAGGGACCGCGUUCUCGUUUGGCGGCACUGAAUUGGUGGGUUUUGGCGGCAGCCGAGGCAGAAAAUCCACGUCUGGCGCUCCCUACAGCCAUCAAGCAAGUGUUCUGGCGGGUUGUUCUGUUUUAUAUGAUUUCCUUGACAUUCAUGGGGUGCUUGGUCCGGUGGGACGACCCGCGACUUCUCAACAGUGGCAACAGCGCAAAUUACUGGACAUCGCCAUUCGUGCUGGCCAUCAAAAAUGCGGGUGUCGGGGGCUUGCCCUCGGUCUUCAACGCUGUCAUCCUCAUUGCGGUGCUGAGUGUCGGCAACGCAUCUGUAUAUGGCGCAUCACGCACCCUGGCGGCCCUUGCCGACAAUGGCCAGGCGCCGAAGAUCCUUGGCUAUAUCGACCGAACGGGCAGACCGCUCGUGGCCAUUCUCUUCUCGUCAGCACUCGGGGCUCUUUGUUACAUUAGACAAGAAGCAUGGAACUGGAUGUUUGCCGUCAGCGGUCUGGCCAGCAUCUUUACCUGGAGAUCCAUUUGCCUGUGCCACAUUCGAUUCCGCCAGGCCUGGAAGUCCCAUGGUCAUACCCUAGACGAACUGCCUUACAAGUCUCAGGCAGGCGUGAUUGGAUCAUGGAUCGGCUUUGGGUUCAAUUGCCUGGUGCUGGUGGCUCAAUUCUGGACGGGAUUUGCCCCGAUUGGCUACGGGAAAAUGUCAUCAUCUGAAAGGACCAAGAUUUUGUUCGAAGGGUAUUUGGCAGCUCCGGUGGUUAUUGCAUUCUACCUUGGAUUCAAAAUCUGGAAGAGGACUCCGAUUCGACGCGUCAAGGACAUCGACGUGGUGUCUGGUAGACGAGAGAUCGACCUGGAACACAUCUUGGCAGAGGAACGCGCGAUCCGAGCAACGUGGCCGUGGUGGAAGAGGACGUGGAACACGUUUUGCUAG